AUGGAGUUCAGCAGCCUCAAAGAGCAGCGAGCAACGGCGCCGGAUGCCGCCGAAGCCAGAGCUGCGGCUGCGGCGGCCUCUGCCGAAGCUGAAACCGGUUCAGCUUCACGCUCGGGAGCUUCUUCGUCCACGUCGUCUCGUCGGAAGCGCACCACGAAGGCUCAAGACACGGACUCCAAUGCUGCCGAGACACCAUUUGCGAAAGCGAUGGCUGAUCCAUCAUCUCAAGACGAGGCGCACUCACAGCCGCUCGAAGAUGGCUCGCUCCCAACACCGGGCUUAGGAUCUGCAGAGGGGGCAUCCCCAACGUCCCCACCAUCCCCACCAUCCCCACCGUCACCCACCGAAGAAGCGCAAAUGAAGCCGCACAAUCUGCUCACCGCAACCUCAAUCCUUCAAUCGGGUGGCGCAGUCAACUCGCCUUUUGCACCCGCACCCAUCCUGCGGCUCAACGCUAUCCGCAUCUCUGGAGCCAGUCGUGCGCUCCGUCCUGGUUACCUGACCUCUCUCUGCCGGCCAUACAUGGACCCCUCCCUCUCAUCCUCAUUCAGUACGAUCUACGGCACCCGCACAGGUCACGUUCUCCCCGGACAACCGACCACGCUACCGUCCAUCCUGGCCCUCACCUCCUCCCUCGCUGGCGAUCUGGACAAGCUCGACGUCUUCCGCACAAUCGAAGCGACUCUCUCCCCCUCCAUCUUUCCCGGCGCGACCGAGGAGGACGUGGACAUCAUCCUCGCGUGCGGCAAACCCAAGGGACGGGUCUUCCUCAAAUCCAGCACGGACGUGGGCAACGGCGAAGGGUCCGCCUCCAUCCAGGGUAGGAUCAGGAACGUCUUUGGCGGUGCGGAAACCAUGCAGGGCAUUGCGACGUUCGGUACGCGCACGAGGCAGGCGUUCAACGUCGAGCUUGGCGCACCUGCGGCGUGGAACCCGGACGUGAGCGGGAGGGUCGCGGUGUUUGCGCACGAGAGGGACUAUUCGACGCAUUCCAGCUUGUUCGAGGCUGUGAAGGGGUUGAAAGUUAGCGGUCACGCGGCGUUCACGGAUGAGCCGAAGGGCGUCAUCGAUCCGACGGAAGAGGAUGGCGCACGGGCGGUGACAACGCAGCAUGAGGUGGCAUACGAAGCCUCGGUGCGCGAACUCGGAAGGGUGAGGAGCGAUGCCAGCGUCGCCGUGCGUAAGAUGGCCGUUUCGCCCAGCGUCAAGUCUGCACUUAGCUGGACGUGGAUUCGCGAAAGCCGGGAUAGCGUCGUGCUCCCGAGCAGGGGAUCGAAGGUGCGGACAUUCCUCGAGUACGCCGGACUGGGCGGCGAUGCGAGGCACGUCAAAGCUGAAGUGGAAGCAACAACGGGCCGUCACUUCUCGCCAUUCAGCUGGCUCUACCCACCACAACCACCAGCGCCGACGCCGUCAGAGUUCGUCGAUGAACUCACGCCGACCAUCCCGCAACCAACCCUCACCAAUCACCCGAUCUAUACAAGCCUCACCCUCCGUUCUGGCCUCAUCCAGCCGCUCACCUCCACCCCAACCCACUUCAGCGACAGAUUCCACCUGGGCGGCCCGACCUCGCUGCGCAUGUUCCGCCACUCCUCGCUCGGUCCGAAAGGCGGCCACGACUCGUUGGGCGGCGACGCAUACUGGGCGCUUGGCGCAUCGGUCCUCACGCCCAUCCCGCGCAAGCCCCACUGGCCACUGAUGCUGCACGGCUUCGUCAAUGCUGGUCAGGUGUGUCAGCUCCCCUCGGUGAGCAGUCGGGGAUACGGGGCAGCGUGGAAGGAGCUGGGACAGCCGAGUAGCAGCGUGGGUGUCGGAUUGGUGUACAUGCAGGGACAGUUGAGGGUCGAGCUGAACGCGGGUGUGCCGAUCACCGCAAGAGAGGGUGAUGGCAUGAGGAAGGGGCUCCAGCUCGGGAUCGGGGUGGACUUCUUGUAG